AUGGAAGCAUCUCCACCUCCUCCUGGUCACGAUAGUAUUCGAUCAUGGCUUGCCGUUCUCGGAGCUUCACUUUCGCUGUUUUGCACAGUUGGCUUCCUCAAUGCAUUCGGCAUUUUUCAAGAAUAUUACCAAAUGUACCUCGAUAAAUCAAAGUCUGAUAUUUCCUGGAUUGGAUCAAUGUCUAUCUUCAUCAUCUACCUAGGUGCACCAAUAUCAGGCAUUCUAACCGACAGAUUGGGACCCACAGUCCUCUUGUGUAUUGGCAGCAUCGGUCAAGUCUUUUCUCUCUUCAUGACUUCUCUCUGCGAAGAGUACUACCAGGCUUUUUUGGCCCAGGGAGUUUUGCUCGGAGUGAGCAUGUCGCUCAUUUUUUGUCCCCCUGUGGCUGUGGUGUCACGCCGCAUGCCUCAUUGCCGUGGCCUUGCCCUGGGCCUCACAAUUGGCGGGUCCUCCAUCGGUGGCAUCAUCUGGCCGAUCAUGUUGGAGCAACUGCUUAACAAACGCCAGCUCGGUUUUGGAUGGACUAUGAGGAUCGUCGCUUUCACCAUGGUUCCUCUUCUCGCUAUCACCUGCAUCACUGUGGUUGAUGCCCCCGCACCCAAGGCAUCUUUGAGUCCACUCCAGGCGGCAUUAGAUAGGAACGAGAAGGGUGCGGUAUCAUCAAAUGACGAGAUACAGUCCCAAACGAAGUCCAGCUACUCGAUCAUUAAGAAUACGACAUUUAUGCUGCUCUGUGGAGGGUUAGCGCUCGGCUACUUUGGGCUCUUCACGCCCCUCUUCUUUAUCACAGAUUUCGGCGUUCAACACGGCUUUUCCGCAUCGACAGCAUUUUACCUUUUAUCCGGACUCAACGGCGCUUCGUUUCUGGGACGAGUUGUCCCUGGGUUUCUUGCAGACCGGUAUGGGCAUUUCAAUCUUUGCGCGCUGGCGACUCUUGCGGCUGGGAUCGUUGGUUUUUCCUGGACAGCGGCGACGUCUCUUCCUGGUUUGGUAGUGUGGAGUUUGGCGUACGGGUUUUCCUCUGGAGCCAUCAUGAGCUUGCAGGGUGCAUGCGUAGGAAAGAUUGCGCAUCAUCGUCAUCAGGGAUUAGCUGUCGGCUGCAUGAUGGGCUCCAUCGCUGUGACCGCUCUUGUCGGGCCUCCCAUCAGCGGCCAGAUUCUCGCGCACGCUGGAUAUCUCGCCUUAUCGAUGUGGACCGGUGCAACUCUCGUGGUCGGAGCUGCCAUCCUUACUGUUGCCAGAUGGCGGCUAAACAAUGGUUUGACUGCAGUCGUGUAA